AUGGCGUUCCAGGCGCGGCACCGCUGGAUGAUCCAGCGGCUGCAGCUGGGCCUGGGCUUCCAGGACGAGACGCACGUGGAGGAGCUCAUGCGCGGCAACGGCAUCAUGGAGCAGCUCUCGCGCUUCUUCCGCGCCGACGGCCCCACCAAGAUCUUCUUCUACUACCAGGCCAAGGGCGUCCCAGGCGACGACACCCUCUCGUCCUCCACGGCCGAGCUGCUGCUGCAGCAGCAGAGGGACAAACCCGCGCGCAAGGAGCUCUUCGUGACGGACGGCCUGGACGAGACGCUGCAGGGCCGCGCCGUCUUCUUCGCCAAGGUGGCGCCCGAUCCAGCGGAUACCCAGGACGAGGACCGGAUGCCGUGGAGCAGCAGAGGCCGAGAGGCGCAAUCCGAGGCGGAGGAAGCUGCAGCAGCGGACCCAGCGACGGACGAGAGCUUCUCGUACGACACGGCGCCUCGCCUGCCGCUGGACCCGGCGGUCGCCAACGACCACUUGCUGACCUACGGCGUGCUGGACUCGUCCGUGCUGCUGUCGAUCGAGACGCACUUGUCCCAGUUGUUCGUGCCCAUGCUGGCCGCCAGAGAGGAGAGCGAGUGGGGCCAGGCCGAGAGCGACGCGCGCAACGAGUUCAUGCUGGGGCUCAAGAGCUUCGUGACGGACGUGCAGGAGAACCUCAAGGCCAUGAACACGGGUCUGGACCUGCGCAAGCCCGACAAGAGGUACGACCCGUCGGACACGAGGAGCUUGUCCAAGCUGUCGUCCGAUGACGGAGCCGUGCAACACUUUGUGGAGCUGGUCAAGGACUGGUGCAAGCAGACGGAGGCGUAUCUCGAGGAUAACGACCAGGGCCGGUGGGAGUCGCACGAGGCCGGACCUGCCACCGAGCUCGAGUACUGGAAGCGACGGCUGCAGCGACUCAUGGGCAUCACGGAGCAGCUCAAGACCAAGGAGUGCAAGAUGGUCACGGGCGUGCUGAACGUUGUCUCCAAGCUGCAGGACGGAGCCAUGGACAAGCUGGGCAUCACUCAGCUGCUGCGGCAGUGGAAGCAGAUCGACACUAACAUCACGGAGGCGUCCAACGAGGCCAAGGACAACGUCAAGUACCUCGCUACGUUGGAGCGCUUCAUCGAGCCGCUGUACACGGGGACCCCUACGUCUGUGGUGGACGCUCUGCCUGCGCUUAUGAACUCCGUCAAGAUGAUCCACACCAUCGCGCGCUACUACAACACGACGGAGCGGAUGACCAAGCUCUUCAUGAAGAUCACCAACCAGAUGAUCACUUUGUGCAAGAACAGUCUGGUCGGACGCGAGCCUCCCGAGGCCAUUUGGGAGAAGGACCCGGAAGAUCUCCUGCUUGGACUCGAGUCGUGUCUGAAGCUCAACGAAGCGUAUCAAGAGCAGUAUCGACUGACCAAGGACAAGCUCCUGACGAUGCCCAAGGGCAAGCAGUUCGACUUCAGCGAGACACAAAUCUUCGGCAAGUUCGAUCUCUUCUGUCGGAGGCUGGUCAAGCUCAUCGACAUGUUCAGCACCAUCCACCAGUUCCGCGCUCUGGCUCAGCACUCGCUCGAGGGCAUGGACGCGCUGCUGGCGUCUUUCAACACCAUCAUCCGGGAGUUUCGCGCGCACAAGCACGACCUGCUGGACUUCCACAACAACAAGUUCGACCGCGAUUACGUCGAGUUCAACAUCCAGAUCGCAGACCUCGAGGCGUCUCUGCAGCAGUUCAUCAACGUAAGUUUCGACUCGAUCACGAGCAUCGAGCAGUCGCUUCAGUUGCUCAAGCAGUUCCAGCAGAUUCUGCAGCGCGAGACGCUGCGCAGCGACUUGGACUCCAAGUUCACCGUCAUUUUCCACAACUACGGACUGGAUCUGUCGCACGUGCAGGAGCUCUACGAAAGACAUCGACACGACCCUCCAGUGGCCCGAAAUCUCCCUCCAGUUGCUGGCAACAUCCUCUGGUCGCGCCACUUGCUUCGGCGAAUCGAAGAGCCCAUGCGCAAAUUCGAGAGCAACCCGACUGUGCUCUCCACGAAAGACUCGAAGAAGAUCAUCAAAACGUACAACAAGGUCGCGCGUACGCUCGUGGCGUUCGAGUACUUGUGGUACGAAGCGUGGUGCCGCUCUGUUGAAAGUGCUCGAGCAGGUCUCCACGCUACGCUCAUCAUUCGACAUCCAGAAACUGGCCGGCUUUUCGUAAACUUUGACAAGGAAAUACUGCAGCUCAUCCGCGAGGCUCGCUGUUUGGAUCGCAUGGGCAUCGAGGUACCGGAAAAUGCACGGAUGGUCAUGCUCCAGGAGGACAAGUUUAAGGCUUAUUACAACGACCUGAGCUACGCUCUGCACGAGUACGACCGCGUGACAGCGAAGAUCAUUCCGGUUACGGCUGUGUUACUUCGGCCUCACUUGGAAGACCUCCAGCAGAAGCUUCGACCUGGACUCGUGACGCUUACGUGGACGAGCAUGAACAUUGAUGCGUACACAGCUGUAGCUCACGCGGCGUUGCAGCGACUCGAGGAGCUCAUUUCAAGUGUCUUGGACGCCAUUGAAAACCGCAUCGAGAAGAACUUGGUGCUUGUGUCCAAGGCCUCGCUCGUGCACCUCCCUACCGAUCAAUCCUUUGCACUGGAUGACUUCGUACGUAUGCAGGAAAAGCACGUGGCGAAUGUCACGCGGCAGCUCGCAGCGAAGAAUGUCGAGAUUGAAAAUGCCGUGGAGGAUGUACUGCGGCUGAUCUGCGACUAUAAUUUGGAUGGUAGCUCCUCGGCGGCAGCUAGUCUUGUGAAUAGUGGGGGCGUCUCAGCUACUUCAGUGUCAACUACAAUUGCGUGCAAUACAGAAGCGAUGGAGACGUUCCGCAACUUCUACAGGAACCUCUUUUACCGCUCGCUUGUAACCUGCACGAAGCAGUCGCUGGAUGCCAUCAAGAAGCGCGUUUGCUCUAAGGCUGGAACGGGCUUCCUCUUCUUGGAGCGACCGUUCUUCGAGGUUGACGUCCAGCUCUCCGUUCCGUCCGUCAGGUUGAGUCCGUCGCUGGAUGAUAUCCAAAAAGCGAUCAACCGAUCGGCUGUCGCUGUGCUCCGCUGCUCCAAGAGUCUGUACGAGUGGGGACAACAAAGCGUUUUCCCAGAAACUGCACGGACGAGUUUGUUUGAGCGGCUCGGGUGCGACACAGAGAUCAUCAAGGUGGCUAUCCUCCUCACCGGAGCUCUGCAUGGCACCAAGAACCAGGUCCACGAGUACCUCUCGGCCUUCAAGAAGUACGACUGGCUCUGGAAGGAAGACAUGGAGUUUCGCUACAACCAGUUCAUGCAGCGCAACCCGCUCAUCCAGGAUUUCGAGACAGAGCUGCGUCACUUCAUGGCCGUGGAGGCGGAGAUCUCUCUCAUCGCGCCAGUUCACAACAUCGCUGUGUUGUCUUUAAACACCAAGAACCUCAAGCUCCAGCUGCGCAACGAGUGCCGCCAAUGGAAGGUACAGUACUCGGAUAAAGUCCACCAACAGGCCCGCACAGCGCUGUUCAACCUUACGGAUUAUAUCCGCACGACGACGUCGAAGCUCAGUACGCGCGUGGAAUCCCUCGAUGCACUUCGCUUUGUCAUGGGCGUGUUGAAGGAGGUUCGGGAGCGCGAGUCUGCCAUCGAAAUGGAGCUAAAUCCCAUCGCGGACAUGUACGACAUGCUCGAGCACUUUCUCCCCGGUGGGUAUAUGGACAAGGACGAGAUGGAUCAGAAGAGCGUCCUGCGUGGUUCAUGGCGGAAGCUUGUCGACUAUGCAGAAGAAGUCACUGACAACCUCUCGGAGGUGCAGGGAGGCUUCAAGAAGCAGCUGAUCAAGGACGUCAAGGAUUUCCAGGCGGAUGUGGCAGUGUUUCGAGGCGAUUACGAAGCCAACGGGCCGAUGGCGUCGGGGCUUGAGCCCGCCGAGGCAGUCGAGCGUCUCAAGCGCUUCAAGGAUCUACUUGGGAUCCGCGAGCGGAAGCUCGAAGUGUUCUCAGCCGGAGAGGAAUUAUUUGGCAUGCGUCCUACCGAAUACCCCGAGAUUGUUCGCACUCGCAAGGAGAUGGCGCUGCUAGAUCAGCUCUACGGUCUCUACAUGGACGUCGAGAGGACCAUGGACGAGUUCCGCGGGAUCCCAUGGGUGCAGGUUGGCGCGAAUGUGGAGCGUAUGAGCGACUGCUUCGCUGGCUUUGACCAGCGCUGUAAGAAGAUGCCCAAGAAUUUGUGCGAAUGGGAGGCGUACGGCAUCCUGCGGAAGGUGAUCGCCGAGUUCCUCGAGGUUUUGCCCAUUGUGCGCGAGCUGACGAGAGAAAGCAUCAAGCCUCGUCACUGGGAGGAGAUCAUCAAGGCCUGCAACGGCCAGCGGCUCCCGUACGACAACGACUCGUUCAAAUUCCAGGACGUCCUCGAUGCCAAGCUUCUCACCUGGAAAGAGGACGUUGAGUACAUUUGCGAGAGCGCGCAGAAGCAGCUGCAGAUUGAACACAAGCUGCGUGAUCUCACGGAUCGUUGGGCUGGUACAGCGUUUGAAUUCAGUGAAUGGAGAGCGCGAAGUGUGCCUGUGCUCAAGGGCUACGGCCAGAUUAUUGAGGAUCUCGAGGAAGGCCAACUGCAACUCCAAGCCAUAUUGAGCAUGAGGCACGUGGUGUUCUUCAAGGACCGAGUACAAGCCAAGCUGGCUCAACUCUCCGACACAGCGGAUGUUCUCGAACUGUGGGCGAAGGUCCAGACACUGUGGAUGUCUCUCGAAUCUGUCUUCACGGGUGGGGAUAUCGCCAAGCAGAUGCCCCUUGAGGCCAAGAAGUUCGCGAAAAUCGACAAAGACUGGCUGAAAGUCAUGAGCAAGGCGUCCGAAGUGGGCUUCGUCGUGGCUUGCUGCUCCAACGAGCUACUCCGCAGCACGCUCCCGUCUCUCUUCAGCGAGCUGGAAAAGUGUCAGAAGUCGCUGGAGGGAUAUCUCGAGCAAAAGCGCAAGAAGUUCCCGCGGUUCUACUUCGUCUCAAACCCGCUCUUGCUGCUCAUCUUGUCACGGGGCUCCGAUCCAGCAGCUGUGCAGCAGUACUACGAGAAAAUCUUCGACAGCAUCAGCCAAGUCGUGCACGAAAGGCCCAUGUCGGCUUCUUCGGAAGCCAAAGCUUCAUCGUCUUCAGCUGCUGCCGCUUCAACCCCGAACGCGAAGCGGAAGAUCGUUGAAAUCAAGUCUUUAGUGGGCAACGACGAGGAAACCAUCUCGCUGGUGCAGCCUGUGCUGCCUGAUGGGAACAUUGAAGACUGGCUGGGGAUGCUGGAGAAGGAGAUGCGGCGUACACUCAAGACGCUUUGUCGCCAAGCUGCAGCCGACUGCUCCUCCGGUUCACUGCGAGAGUUUGUGAGCAAAACCUGCGCACAGUUCGCGCUGCUUGGCAUUCAGCUAAGCUGGACAGCAGAGUGUCAAGACGCACUGCAGCGUUGUCGGACUACCAAGGGGAUCAUGGCACAGACAGCCAAGCGCCACGGCACCAUGUUAUCCGAGCUGUCUUCUUGGUGUCUUACCGAUUUGGGCACGAAGCUCACCCGUACUAAAGUGGAGACUCUAAUCACGAUUCAAGUGCAUCAACGCGACUGCUUCCUGGAGCUCUGCAGACUGUACAAGGAGAAGAAACUCUCGGAUGCCAACGACUUCGAGUGGCUCAAGCAAGCACGCUUCUAUUGGCGUGUGGGCGGUCAAGGGGCUUUCGAUUCCGUGGGCCCGGACGCCUGCUUGAUCUCGAUCUGCGACGUGGACUUCAAGUACGCGUUCGAGUACUUGGGCUGCAAGGAGCGAUUGGUUAUCACGCCGCUCACAGACCGCGCCUACAUCACGUUGUCUCAAGCUCUGGGAAUGCAUCUAGGAGGAGCUCCUGCCGGUCCUGCUGGUACGGGCAAGACCGAGACGGUGAAAGACCUGGGGCGCAGUCUUGGAGUGUACGUGAUCGUCACCAACUGCACAGACCAGCAGCGCUACUCGGACAUGGCCAAGAUCUUCAAGGGUCUCUGCCAAGGAGGCCUCUGGGGCUGCUUCGAUGAGUUUAACCGCAUUGAACUCCCCGUGCUUUCGGUUGUUGCUCAGCAAGUUCUGGCAAUCACGAACGCUAAGCGCGUGCAGGCUCCGACGUUUACGUUCCCGGGUGAUCCACUGCCUAUCGGUCUACACACGGAUGCGGCGUACUUCAUCACGAUGAAUCCAGGAUACCAAGGGCGGCAGGAGCUGCCGGAGAACCUCAAGGCGCUCUUCCGAGGUGUGGCAAUGAUGGUCCCCGAUCGUGAAAUUAUCAUGAAAGUCCGACUGUGUGCUGUCGGCUACGACGCGUUUGCCGAGCUAGCUCGCAAGUUCAAGACGCUUUACGCUGUGUGUGAGGGUCAACUGUCCAAGCAGCGUCACUACGACUUCGGGCUGCGGAAUAUUUUAUCUGUUUUGCGUUCUGCGGGUGCUACAAAGCGCGAUAACCUGCUCGCUAGCGAGGAAUUGCUCAUGAUGACGACUCUGCGGGACAUGAAUCUCUCCAAGUUGGUGGCCGCGGACGUCCCGAUUUUCUUGUCGCUGUUGCGCGAUAUUUUCCCAGGCGUGGAGCCUGCUCCUUCAGGAAAUGGACAAGGACACAGCAGCAGUAACGAGAUCGCUGGGGCCAUUGAAGACGUACUACAGAAGACGCAAAGCUGGCCGCCUCCUGCAACGUGGAGCGCCAAGGUGACCCAACUGUACGAGACUCAGCUCGUGCGUCACGGUAUCGCGCUGGUUGGGCCCGCUGGCUCGGGCAAGUCCGAGAUUUUGAGGACCUUGCAGACGGCGUUGGGGUUCCACACGCGCACGCCGCAUCGUCAAGUACGGUUGAACCCGAAGGCAGUACGCGCGGAGGAACUGUUUGGCGAGACCGAUCGGUUGUCUGGAGAAUGGGUCGACGGCGUUUUCGCAGCAAUUUGGGCCAAGUUCAACGAUCGAUCCAGGAAAGACGUCGCCUGGUUGGUCUGCGAUGGGCCCGUUGAUGCGGUUUGGAUUGAAAAUUUGAACACCGUCUUGGACGACAAUAAGCUGCUGACUUUGGCCAACGGCGAUCGUCUGCCGAUGACGGACAAUUGCAAGUUGCUGUUCGAGGUCGAGGACCUGCGCAAUGCCUCACCUGCGACUGUAUCCCGUGCUGGAAUCGUGUACGUAAGCGACACAGAUCUGGAUUGGGAACCAGUGGCGCAACGGUGGCUGCGACUGCGACCAGAUUCGCAGCGAGCAGCGUUGGCGCGAAGUAUCCGCACGCUUGUAGGUGGAAGUGAGACGACGCCGACUUCAGGUUCUGGGCACCUGUUCGAGUUCUUGAGCCGACGGUGCCGUCCGGUGAUGAACGCGCCCCGAGUGGCGUUGAUCCAGUCCUGCUUGAACUUAUUGCAGUCGUUGAUGGAGCGUUGUGAACUCAGUGAGCACUCGGCUAUAGACAUGGAGUUGGAACUGGAGCGGUUGUUUGCAUUUUCGCUUGCGUGGGCGGUUGGAGGCGUGCUGGACCUCGAGGACCGAGUAAAGCUGCACUACUAUCUGGUUGAAAAGGCCCCCGCAACGACAUUCCCACCGUUGACGGCAACAUCAGGCGCAGUGGCCACCACUCACGACUCGCAUGACACGCAGAAGGGAACAACAGCGAGCUCAAACUCUGCCCAGCCGUUGACAAUCUUCGACCACUUCUUGCAUCCGUCGACGCUCGAGUGGGAGAAGUGGGCGCUCGAUAGCUGCGAGAACCUGCUAGCACGCACGAGUGGUGUUGUGAACGUUGGGCGUCUGAUCAUCCCCACAACCGACACCGCGCGUGCGCUGCAUUUGUUGGAGCACCUUCACGCCAGCCAACUCCCCGUGCUGCUUGUAGGCGAGCCAGGAACGGGCAAGUCAACACUUGCGCGUUUAUUUUUCGAGAGCCGAUCGUCGGGGAGCAAUGGUCAAGGUGGAGAGGGCUUGGCGUGCAGGACAUUGAUCUUUUCGGGCGCCACUCUAGGUGGAGCCUUCCAAGCCACAGUCGAAGGCGAUCUGGAGAAGCGCGGAGGCAAGACGUUCGGCCCGUCAAACGGCCAGCAACUCACGUUGUUCAUGGAUGAUCUGUCCAUGCCAGCGCUCAAUGAGUGGGGAGACCAGCCCACGCUUGAAGUCGUGCGCCAACUAGUGGAAACUCGAACUUUGUGCUUCCUCGACAAGGACAAGCGUGGUGAUAUCAAGGUGAUCGAGGGCUUGCGCUUCCUCGCGGCCAUGGGGCUCCCUCUAGCCGGGAAGAAUGACGCCCCAGCUCGCCUUAAGCGUCACUUUUUCAUCCUGAACUUGCUGCCUCCCUCGCCGGAGGUGGCUGAAGCCAUCUUCGCCCAACUAACCCGCUGGCGGUUCCUUCCUGACAUGGACGGCAGCAGUUCAACCGCAGGCAUCCCCAAGAAGUAUCUGUUCGAUCUAAUUAACCGUCUCGCGGCAGCCUCCGUGCAGCUCUGGCUCUGGUUGCGCCGCUCGAUGCCGCCGACACCGCAGAAGUUCCACUACGUCUUUAGCUUACGCGAGCUCAGUCGCAGUUUCCAAGGUUUGUUGCGAGCUCCGGUCGAGAGCGCGACCGCUUCGGAUAGAUCCCUGGUUCGGCUUUGGCAGCAUGAAAGUGAGCGAGUGUUUGCCGACAGACUUGUCUCGCUCGAAGACAAGCAGCGCUUCUGUGACGAACUCACCGCCGUCGCCGAAGGACUGGUCUCGAAGCUGGUUGGAAGCACAGGCAGCUCAAGCUCCGUUGCAAACAAGGAGAAGACGGACGGCCACCUGCCGCACCAUUCCCCACAACGCCAGCAGUCCGUGCACUCAGUCCUGAGCGCAAGACAAGCCAUGAUGUUCGUGGACUUCCUCCAAGACCAACCUUUGGACGAGUUUGGUGAGCCCGUGGGGGAUCUACCUCGCAACUAUGAGCCCGUGUCCAGCGUGAACUCUCUGCGUACCAGGGUGGAGCAUCUUUUGGCGCAGUUCAACCGCGAGAAUCCUGGGCGAGCGUUGCCUCCGCUUAUCCUGUUCGAGGAAGCUCUGUUCCACUUGGCUCGACUGACGCGUGUGCUGGGUCUUGCUCAGAGCAACAUGAUGCUGGUUGGAGUCGGUGGAUCAGGCAAGCAGUCGCUGGCUCGCCUUGCAGCCGCGUUGAGUGGCCACGAGCUCUGUCAGUUGGCAGUCACCAAGGCGUACACGCUCUCAGCUUUCCUCGACGACCUCCGUGGACUGUGUAAGACUGCGGGACAAGUUGGCAAGGGGGUCGUUUUCCUGCUCACUGAAGCCGACAUCAAGGACGACUCGUUCUUGGAGCAGGUUAACGCUCUUCUAGCGACGGGUGAAGUGCCCGGUUUGUUCCCGCGUGACGAGUUGGUCGCUAUGGCAAGCGAGUUAAGAGGAGCCAUGCAGCGUGAAUGUCCUGACCGCGCCGACACGCUGCCCAACCUCACGCGGUUCUUCCACGACCGUGUGCGUCGGAACCUCCACGUGGUGUUGUGCCUGUCGCCGGUGAGCUCACGCUUCGCCGACCGCUGUCGUGAGUUCCCGCACCUCGUUAAUGGCUGCACUAUCGACUGGUUCCUGCCGUGGCCCGAAGAAGCGCUGACCGCGGUGAGUCAAGGGUACCUCGACAAGUUCGGACUCGAGACUCCUCCAGCUACUAAAGAAGCGCUGGUGGUUCAAAUGGGGAGGAUGCAUCAAGCUGUCGAGAAGGUCAGCGGUGAGUACUUUAUGCGGCGACGGCGACGUGUUGUGCAGACUCCGCGCAGCUUUCUCAGCUUCCUGACGACAUACAAAGAGCUGUAUGCUGAGAAGUUGAGCGGAGUACGGCACCAGGAAGGAGCAGUGAACUUGGGACUUCAUAAACUGGGUCAGGGUGCUCAGGAUGUGGAGCGGAUGAAAGUUGUGCUUAAGGAGGAGGAAGCGAAGCUCGUGGCAGCAGAAGCAGCGGCUAACAAAAUGCUGGAGACGCUACAGGUCAAGUCUCUCGAGGCGAAGAAGGAGAACGACAUUGUCCAGCAGAUCCGUGAGCAGUGUUUGGCCGACGCAGCCAUCAUUUUGGCGGAGAAGGAGGCGGCCGAGGAGGACCUCAAGCGCGCGCAACCCUUCCUGGACGAAGCGGAGAGAGCAGCGAGCAGCAUCCGACCGAAUGACCUGAAUGAACUCAAGAAGUUGGCCAAGCCAGGCGAUAUCAUUAAACUCAUCUUCGACUGUGUAGCUAUCUUACAGAUGGCACCGUUGUUGAAAGUUGAGCGCGCGCCCGUGACGCUGGGCGUUGGGAAGGAGAAACACACGUGCGACUUCCUCCUGGACUCGUUUCAGAUCGCCAAGUCGGGAAUGCUGGCCGACACGCGCUUCCUGCAGAAUAUUUUCUACUUCUCCAAGCACCAAAAGGACCAGAUGAACGACGAAACGCUGGAGCUCAUGGCGCCUUACAUGGAGCUUGCCGGGUUUAGUGCUCCAGUGGCCAAGAACGCGUCGAAAGCUGCAGAAGGACUGUUCUGCUGGGUGAAAGCCAUGAGCAUGUACCACGAGGCGUCCAAGGUGGUGAAACCCAAGCUGGAAGCGCUGCGCAUUGCCGAGGGGAAGUUUGAGGCUGCCCAAGCGAGGCUGCAGAGCUCGGAAGACAAGCUACAGAAGUGUCAGAAUGUGCUCACUCGACUGCAGGAGGACUUCCAGACCCAAAUGGCCGAGAAAGCUCGAGUUGAAGCCUUCGCUCAAGCUACGAAGCGCAAGAUGGAGCAAGCUACAGCUCUCAUCGGUGGACUUGGUGGCGAGAAGGUGCGGUGGACCGAGGACUCGAACCGGUUUGUGGAGCGGAAGCAGCAUCUAGUGGGCGAUUGCGCUCUAGCCGCAGCCUUCCUCUGCUACUGCGGACCGUUCAACCGAGAGUAUCGAGACCUACUGCUACGUGAACGCCUUCCCUACGAGCUGGGUGUAGUACCAACCCUUCCAGCCCCAGGAGCUUCAGGCAGCAAUAGUACUGCUACCGCUAGCCUAGCGAAACCAUCGUUCACGAUCCCUCUGACCCGCGGCUUGGCGCUGGAAGAAUUUCUCGCCGAUGCUGGGACUGUCAGUGACUGGAAGAUGCAAGGCUUACCGUCAGAUCCUCUCUCCAUCCAGAAUGGUUUACUAGUAGCGCGAGCGCCCCGUUUCCCGUUGCUGAUCGAUCCACAAGGUCAAGCGCUGGCGUGGGUUUUACGCCGAGAGGCCGAACGCUUGCCCUCUAUGGGGGUGGUCUCCGUUAGCAGUCCGAAACUGCGUGAGAUUCUUGAGCACUGCGUUGGAGAAGGCAAAGCGUUGGUGCUAGACGGCGUGGACGGUGCUGACCCCGACCCAAUGAUGGCAAACGUUCUGGACAAAAACUUCGUCGUGCGCGCCAAGGGGAAGUUCGUCAAGAUCAUGGAUCGGCUGUGCGAGUACCAGGAGGAUUUCGCCUUGUACCUGACGACUCGCGUUCCAAACCCACACUUCUCGCCGGAGCUGCAGGCUCGAACGCUCGUUGUGGACUUCACCGUCACGCAGAAAGGUCUUGAGGAGCAGCUACUGGCUCAGGUUAUCCGCCAAGAGCAGCGCUCGCUGGAAGAGCAGCUCGAGCGUGUGCAGUUCGAGCUUAACGCUAACGCGAAAGCGCUCGUGGCUCUCGACGCGUUGUUGCUUGAGCGACUUUCAGCUAGCAAGGCCAACCUGCUGGACGAUGUGGAGUUGGUGUCUGUCUUGGCGAACACGAAAGCGAAAGCGACCGAAGUCAACGACAAGAUCCUCGCAGCCGAGGAAGUGAAACGAGGUAUUGACGAAAAGCGCGAGCACUAUCGCCCAGUCGCCGCGCGUGGGUCGGUGCUCUACUUCGGCAUCGUCGACUUUGCGGCGGUGAACGCCAUGUACCAGACGUCGCUGGAUCAAUUCCUCCAGCUAUUCGUCCGUGGCAUCGAGGAGGCGGAGCGCUCCGCACUCGCCUCGAAGCGUGUUACGUACAUCCUGGAGACGCUCACGUACAUUGUCUUCCGCUAUGUGAACCGCGGUCUGUACGAUCGUCACCGCCUCAGCUUCUUGUUGAUGAUUGCGUUGAAGAUCCUCGUUGCUGCGGACUGUGUAACUCCAGCGGAUGUGACGCUCUUCCUUAAGGCCGGGGCAUCGCGGAAGUUGUCGAGUGACCAGCCUAAACCAUUCGGGUGGAUGCCGACGGGCGCGUGGCUUAACGCCGUGCAGCUCGCGAGUGAGAAGCCACACUUCCGUAACCUGCUCGGGGAUCUCGAGCGCAGUGAAAGUGCGUGGCGCAAGUGGUUCGAGGACAAUGAGCCGGAGCGUCUAGCGGUGCCUGACUACGAAGGGCUCCUAUUCGACCCUCGAGCCAUCACAGCAAACCUCCACUUCCAUCGACUACUACUGGUACGCUCAUUGCGUGAAGACCGAACGAUUCCUGCAGUUCUCGACUUCAUUCGUGCUAUUGAAUUCAUCGAAGGCAGCGUUGGCGUGAGUCUUUCGAGAGUCCCAGCGCUAGGCCCUCGCUACGCGGAGCCCAUUACGGAUACGGUGGAAAGUGUGUACCAGGAGAUGAAAGCUGAGACGCCGGUGCUGUAUUUGCUGUCUCCUGGAGCGGACCCAACUGAGUCCAUUGAGCAGCUAGCACGAAGGAAGCGCCAGAGUGUGACGACCAUCUCCAUGGGCGAGGGUCAAGAGGCUGUGGCAGCGCGCACUGUAGCCUCCGCUAUGCUGAACGGCUCGUGGGUUCUGCUGCAGAACUGUCAUCUUGGAUUAAAUUACUUGGACUCUCUGUGUGAGGCGCUCACUGGUGCGAAUGGAGGAAGUGCAGGGAAUAGCGGCAAUACUGCAGCUCCUGCGCGUGCUCCAGAGUUUCGGUUGUUCCUGACUUCGGAGCCGCAUCCAGAUUUCCCGAUUGCUCUACUGCAUCGAAGUACGAAAGUGACGAACGAACCGCCUGCUGGUCUGCGUGCAGGUUUGCUACGCAGCUUUACGGUGCUAGUGGAUCAGGACAAACUGGACCGGCUUGAGAGCCCUUCGUGGCGCUCACUUCUCUUUGCCGUGUGUUUCUUGCAUGCGGUGGUGGUUGAACGCCGCAAGUUUGGACCGCUGGGCUUCAGUGUGCCGUACGAGUUCAACGCUGGAGACAUGGGCGCGUCGCUGAGCUUCCUGGAGCGUCAUUUGUUCACGUCACCGACGCCAUCAUGGCCGACGGUGCAGUAUAUGGUGGCGGAAGUGCACUAUGGCGGUCGGAUCAUGGAUGAGCUGGACCGGAGGCUCUUCCGUGCCUACUGCGAUGCAUGGUUCAACCCGACACUACUUGGUAGCUCCUUUUCCUUCAACCCGGAGGUGAAGCUGUCCACAGGGACAGGCACCGUGUCGUCUUCAGGUCAGCUAUUCAACUACUGUCUGCCGGAGUCCUCAAUGGCGGAGAUCGAAGAGUACCAUCGGUUCAUCGCUGCGUUCCCGAGUGUCGACUCACCAGAAGUCUUCGGACUGCACCCGAACGCUGAUCUGACGUAUCGCGUCAAGGAAGUCUCCGCCCUGCUCGGCACCAUCGUUGACACCCAGCCUACCGACGCUGACACUGGCUCUGGGAAUGCUGCUACGGCCAGUAAACCGGAAACUCGGGAAGACAUUAUCCAGCAAAAGAUCCGUGAGCUGCUAUCAGCGCUACCACAAGGAGGAGAUGAGGCAUUGAGUGAAGAAUCGUUGGGUCAAGCUCUGCGUUCAAAGGUCCUCGGAGGUGGGCUUGAACUGCCUCUGAAUCUGUUCCUGUGUCAAGAAGCUCGAGCGCUACGGCACGUCCUGAAAUUCGUCCGAGCUUCACUCAUAAAGACCCAGCGCGCGUUAGCAGGUGAAGUUUUGCUUACGUCUUCACUGCGUGAAACCGGCGAAGCGAUAUUUGACGGCAAGGUGCCUCCCGCGUGGGUGGCAAACGAGCAAGCGUGGCUAGCCGGAACAUUGGGGCUUUGGGUUACGGGUCUUAUCGACCGAGUGAACCAGCUACGCGUAUGGCUGGAUCGCGGCCGUCCAUCCAGCUUCUGGCUGGCGGGUUUCUCCAACCCGCAGGGGUUCCUGACUGCCGUAGCGCAGGAAUCGACUCGAGCGCAUGCGAGCGAGCGCUGGGCGCUGGACGACGUGGUCUACUACAGCGAGGUGACGGACUACGAGCGGCUGGAGCAGAUCAAGCAACCUCCACGCGAAGGUGUGCUGGUGCAUGGGUUGAUGCUGGACGGUGCGGCCUGGAACCGACCCGAUGGGACGUUGGUGGAGCAGGAGCCGAAGCGGUUGUUCGCCCCCCUCCCUGCCAUCUACGUCACGGCUGCAACCAAAGCACACAAAAAGACCCGAGCAGCACAAGACCAUGGACCUUACGGAGCCUACGAAGCCCCAGUUUAUCGAUACGCCAGAAGGACUGACAAGCACUACAUCUUCUCAGUGCCGCUCGCUUCCAGAGACCAUCGCCCAUUGCAUUGGACGCUGCGAGGUGUCGCUCUGCUCUGCUCGACGGAUCAGUAA